AUGCUAACUUUUAACAGGACCGGUUAUCAACCUACUGUCUUCCUACUGGUUGGCAUUCCAGGGCUGGAGUCUGCCCACAUCUGGAUCUCCAUCCCUUUCUUCUUGGUCUACUUACUGGCACUGAUGGGAAAUAUUGCCCUUUUAUUAAUUGUCAAGUCAGAUCCUAAGCUGCAUGAACCAAUGUACCUCUUUCUGUGCAUGUUAUCUUUGGUUGAUUUGAUGCUCACUUCUUCUACGAUUCCCAAGAUACUCAGCCUCUUUUGGUUCAAUGACAGAGAAAUCUACUUUGAAGCCUGCCUUACUCAAAUGUACUUCAUCCAUUCUCUGUCUACCAUGGAAUCUGGAUUUAUCUUGGCCAUGGCUUUUGACCGCUACGUUGCUAUUUGCCGCCCAUUGAGACAUUCUAGUAUUCUGACACCUGCAGUCAUUAUAGGCUUAGGUUUGGCCAUAGUCUUAAGAGGAGUUAUACUCCUCAGUCCACACCCCUUCCUUCUGAGGUGGCUUUCUUACUGUCCAACUAACAUCAUCUCCCAUACUUACUGUGAGUUCAUGGCCCUAAUAAAGCUGGUUUGUGAUAAAAUCAAGAUUCGCCAAGCCUAUAGCCUAAUUGUGGCCUUCCUGACAGGAGGGCUAGAUUUCAUCUUGAUCAUUUGUUCUUAUGUCCUUAUUCUUCUCACUGUCUUCCAUCUCCCAUCCAAGACAUCCCGCCUCAAGACUUUAAGCACCUGUGUUUCUCAUGUAUGGGUUAUUUUGGUAUUUUAUACACCAGCCUUUUUCUCCUUUCUUACCCACAGGUUUGGCCACCACAUUGCUCCACGUAUCCACAUUUUUAUAGCUAAUAUAUAUCUCCUUAUACCACCCAUGAUGAAUCCCAUUAUUUAUGGUGUUAAAACCAAGAGGAUCAGGGAGGGAUUCUUUAAAAUGUUAACAAUUAAAAGUGCUUGA